AUGAAGGCGUCCUGGAGGUCCUUGCCCAUGGGGGCCGCGCCGGACAUGACCAUGCGGAUGGACGCGAGGUCGGCGGCCGUCACCCGGUCGCUCUUGGCGAUCUCGACGACGAUGGGCGGCACGAAGGGCGCCACGGUGACCGCGUGCGCGCGCACCAGGCGCACCAGCGCGCCGUGGUCGAACUUGCGCAUGAUCACGAUCGCGCACCCGGCGCGCAGCCCCGCCAGCAGCACCGAGUUGAGCGAGUAG